UGCCCGCACUGCAACUACACGAGCCACCGCAAGCCAGACCUGCGCCGACACGUGGACACGCACACGGGCGGGUCGACGCCGAUGCGGUGGAUCUGCGGUGGGGUGCCGCUCGCGGAGGCGCGCAAGCGCGGGAUCAACGUCGAGAGGAUGCACGUGUAUUUGCUCGAUGGACAGGAGAGGGUGGGAGGGUGCUUGAAGGCGUUCAGCCGGCGCGACGCGAUGCUGCGCCACUGGCGCACGACGGGCGGGCGGUGCAUC